AUGGAGAUUUCAGAGGCGAAGACCCCUGAGCCAAUCCCGACGAGGCCCAGCACAGUGCAUCGUGCUGUGGGGGUAAGUGUUUCGGUGGCACUACUGCUUGGAGGACAUUUGCUGGCCUUCAAGGCAAGCUACAGCGAAGCGCCUUUGGAUUUAAACCUUCACAGCAACGAGACUGAGAGCACGAGCCUCGCACCAAAUGCGAAUGCCUCUGGUCGCUGCAAGUUGUUGCCCGGGGUUCCAGAUGUGACUCUGCUGAUGGCUCCCAGCCUGAACACAACGGAGAGCCGACACAUCUACGACAUCUUUCUGAAAAACACAAAGCAGAGGAUCAGCGCCUCCGUCAACGAUGUCCUUGACGUCGACACCGUUCAUCAGGGGCGCUUUCUUUAUCCAGACAGCAGCCGCCAAUCACAAGGUGUCUUUGCGACCGUCAUAUCCUGGCAUGGGCAAGCUGAUCGCCUCCUCAACGACUUUUGGUAUUUGCCUCCACGCGGAGCAAAUGACCUGCAAAGCUGCCACCUGGAGCUCCGGGAACCAGUGUUGCUCUUUCGGGGUUGGACCUUUCCCAGCUUUCAGUAUGGCCAUUUGCUGCAUGAUUUACUGCCUAUGUUGGUAUGGAUGGCAAGCAGAUAUCCAAAGACCAAACUGAUUGUUGUUUUGGACGAAGAGGAAAAGAUCCGACGCUUCUUGCAAUGGUUUAACAUGGACUUAUUCCACAGAGCCAUCUUCAUUCCGGAGGAGACCACGGUUUGUGCCGAGACGAUUCAUGCUGUGGUACCCAAGAUGGCCAGUUGCAACCAUCCAAUCAGCCUUCGCAUUCUGCAGCCGAACAAACACUUGAGGCAGCAGAUUGCGAAGUUUCUGCCGACUUAUCCGGCCAACCGGGUGGUGUAUCAGACACGCCUGGGCACAGCGCACCAUGGGCGACUGGUUUCCGAAUCGCAUUCCAAAGAGAUUGUGAACGUGACCAAGGAGGUCCUCCAGCGUCAUGGCUUUCCUGAAGAGAUCAUGAUCUUCACCGGGAAGUUCAAUGGAGAAACAGCCAGCUUCCAAGAUCAGUACCGCAUCUUCAACUCAGCUUUCUUGGUUCUUGGCCCCCACGGUACCGGCCUCUCGAACAUCCUUUGGAUGCGCUGUGACAUCCCAGUGGCCGUGAUCGAAUUCUUCUGUAGUGUCCACGCGCUGCAUGUCCGCGGCUGCAAGCGUCAAGGUCAGGUGCGACAGGGCAGCGUGUGGAGCCACACGGGGGGCUGCGCCUGGGCGAAGUAUUUCCUCGUCCCAGUGAAGGACGUGAAGGAUGUGGAUGGCUCGAGCUCCGAGAUGAGUGACUUUAUGUUGGUGGAUUUAGAAGCCCUUUCCAUGGCCUUGAGCCAAGCAUUGCUCCACGUCGCUGGCAGAAAACAGUGGCCGUGGCUGACGUCGAUCUCUUAG